AUGGAGAUCCGUGAUGUCUCGACACGUGAAGAAGUUGAAGCUGCGCUUCAAAGACUCCAUAACCACGAAGCCUCCCUAACCCGACGCCUCGAGACCGUUCGCUCAUCACUAGCAGAGCUUGAUUGCCAUCUCGGAAAACUCGAUUCGCUGCGAGCCAACCUAGGUUCACUUGUCAUUGCCACCCGUACCAUUGCAAACGCCACGCUCUCCAAUGCAGCAUCGACGGUAGCCAAAUUUAGCAGCAGGAUCGACCGGCUAGAUCUGGAAGAGAGGAGGGUCGACGAAACGCUCGAGGUGGUGGAGCUUGUCGCAGAGCUGAAAGCAUGUGUUCACGGUGUCGUAGGCUCGAUGGGGGCUCCCCAAGACUGGGAUAGCGCAGCUCGAUACCUUUCUCGCACUGCCAAAAUACCAGAGGAAAUCAUACGCGGAGGUUUCUCAGCUGCGGUGGUGCCGAGCACCGAGGUGCCCGACCCGCCGUGGGAUACCCUGCAGGAGGCAAAGCAUAGUUUGUGCCGCCUGUUCGUCCGCGAAUUCCAACGCGCAGUUCGUGAUGGGGACGAGGCCAAGGUCACGAGGUACUUCAAGUUGUUCCCUUUGAUCGGCAUGCGCGACGUCGGUCUGGAUAUUUACGGGCGGCACAUAUGCCAGGCCGUGGCCGAGAGGGGGCGAAAGGAGCUGGAAGGGACCAAAAGCGGUCAGGUAGCACCGCUUUUCUAUUCGAAUGCCCUCACCAAGCUAUUUCGACAUAUUGUGCACAUCAUCGAAAUCCAUGGUCCUUUGGUUGAGCACUGUUACGGAUCUGGCCAAAUGGUCAAGGUGAUCGAGCGACUCCAGGACGAGGCUGAUAUACAGGGCGGUAUGAUUCUGGACGCAUGGAGCGAGGCAGAGGAUAUCAACAGACGGCUCACAUCCAUCAAAAGCUAUCCUUUCUCUUUCUUGUUGAAGAGUUUUCUUGUUGAGAACAGAGCUGUGCCCAGAACACAUUCUCCAGCAAGCAACGACACAUCCCAAGAUAAGGACUACAGUCCAGCCACAGAUGCCAAAGAUGUGGAUCGCCUUCUUGGUGAAAUGGCCACCAUGCUGACCGCAUGGUCUCAUUACAUGCAAUAUGUUGCUUCAAAAUGCAAGACCACCAGUGAGAGCUCGGAAGGGGGGCACUCUCCUAUUCCUACCAUCUUACUCUGUUCAAAGCUCUACCGUAAGACUGACGAAAUACUUGCAACGCCCUUUAAGGCCAUGACGACGUUCUUCUUGCGGAGAUCUAUCGAGAAGUCUUUCGAGUUGAACGAGUUCCCGAGCAUCUCGCUAAAAAGUCCCGUCGACACCAGCUCACCCUUGAUCAUUACAGCUGUCGACGACGUUGUUUUCAUCGUCGACACAAUUAUCCGCAGGAUCAUCUCCACGUCCCACAUAGCCGUCGCAACCUCGCUCAUCCCCGUCAUCAGUCGUGUGCUCGAGACGGAUUUCGUCGGCAUCAUACAUCACAAAAUGUCAGAAGAAGCAUACCCGAGGGCUCCUACUUCACGAGGGAACCCCCCUGAGACCAAGAUCAUCAUGUUCAUUGUCCUUAUGAAUAGCCUCGACGCAGCGAAUGACUACCUCCUCCGCAUCGUCAACCGCUUUUUUAGCACAAGCAAUUCCCCAGCCGACGGAUCAUCCAUGCGCAGCAUUCCACCACCCGACUGCCCCCUAGGCGGCGCCUUUACCGAUUCGCGGGAUCUAGCCUCUGUGGCUGCUGCGCUUCGUACACUCGUCUCCUCCUUCAGAUCCAGGACGACCGAGUUGCUAGCCAGUGCCUCGCAGGCCCUUUUCACCCACGCUGUCAAGCCGCGCCUACGUAGUGCCGUGAGCGACGCGUUCCGGGAUAGCAACUACGGGACGGAGGAAGAAAUGACGGGGCCGGAGGAUGAAGAUGAACAACAAGAGGCGAGUUCGGUCACAUCACGUUUUGAGCAAGGCUGGGAGCAGUGUAUGCGUCCCCUCCAUCGCGUCAUGACGUCCCAGUGCUACACCGCACUCCUGGCCCUGGCGGCGGCGCACCUCGCCCAAGCGCUGGAGAAGAGGUUCUGGAACCACACCAAGCGUAUAAGCGAGCUGGGUUUGAUCCGGCUGGAGAGGGAUUACUCGGGCAUCAUUGGCGUUGUGGCAAGGCGCGACUAUUCGGCUCGGCAAGCAUUCGUACGGGUCUCCCAGAUGCUGGUCAUCGUGAAUCUCGAAGACGACGAGUGGGAAGAGCUAAAGCACGCCGGGGAGCGGGGUCAUAGCGAUCAGGGUGUUGUUUGGGUGCUGGAUCAGGAGGAGCGAGUAGCACUUAGGAAGAUAGUGAAGUAG